AUGGAUCCUAGUUUAGCCGCUGUUUUGGAAAACGUGACUAGGGAACUUAAGGAGAUUAAGGCUAAGGUAGACAAAUGUGAGUUUUGCCGAGGGGGUCACGAUACGAGUGCGUGUCCAUUGCUAGUUGGUGAGGAGCAAGUUGAUUUCGUAGGAGGAGGUUUCGGUAGAGGUCAACCUAAUAGGUUUGCUCAAAAUCCAAAUAGGGGUCAAGGUUCACUUUUUGGUGGGGGUUCAAAUGGGCAGUUCAACAAGGGGUUCAAUGGGCAGGUCAAGGAUGGGGGGUCAGGUAGUCAGGUUCAGCCAUGUCAAGGUUCAAGUUAUGAUCUAGGAGGUAGCCUAGAGAGAAUGGAAGCUAUGAUGAGCCAACUAGUUGUUAGGGACCAAACCACCCAAAAGACACUUAGUGAACAUGACCUUAUGCUUAAGAACCAUCAAGCCUCUUUCCAAGACCUCCAAAGGGUCGUAGGUGAUAUGUCUAGGAAGUUAGAGGAGAGAUUGCCCGGUCAGUUUGCGGGGAACCCUAGAGUUGAAGAGAGAGUAGUUGAUGAGGAUGGGGAUAUUGUAGACGAGGAGAUAGAGAUGGAGGCUCCCGGCAAAGUGCAAACGAGGCUAAGCCCAGCAAGUACCGCACAGCCCGGUGAGUCUCAAGGUGAGAAGGAAGUUGAGAAAACGCCCGUAGACAUUAGACCUUCACCCCUAGUGGACCAUUCGAGAGUCCCGUUCCCUUCACGUCUUAGGAACCAAAAAUACUCAAGGGAAUACGGGCAAUUUUUAGAUAUCUUCAAGCAAUUGAAGAUUAAUCUUCCUUUCAUCGAGGCACUUCAGUCGAUGCCUAAGUAUGCAAAAUUCUUGAAAGAUCUUCUUAGGAAUAAAGAGAAGUUAGGGGAGUUGUCCAAUGUCCCGUUGAAUGGAGGGUGUUUCGCCGUUGUGUUAAAUAAGCUUCCCGAAAAGCUUACCGAUCUCGGUGUUUUCCCUAUUCCUUGUCUAUUUGGUAGUAAUACCAACACUAAAGCUUUAGCCGACUUAGGGGAAGGUUCCGAGCUACCCGUCAUUAUAUCGUCAAAGUUGGAGGAGAGUGAGAAGUUAAGGUUGUUGGAGGUAUUGAGGGCCAACAAAGAGGUCAUUGCAUGGAGGUUGUCCGACAUCAAGGGCAUUAGCCCUUCCUAUUGCACCCACCGGAUACUCAUGGAGGAUGAUUAUAAACCGGUGGUGCAACCCCAAAGGCGGCUUAACCCCAACAUGCAAGAUGUUGUGAAGAAGGAGGUUCUUAAACUCCUAGAUGCCGGGAUGAUAUAUCCCAUUUCCGACUCUCCAUGGGUUAGUCCCACACAGAGAAGGGAGGGAUCACCGUUGUUAUGA